GGUAAUGUUGUCUUAGCUGCUAUCUACACAUGCAAAAUAUUGGAGCAUAUUAUUAGAUCACUGUAUCGUAAUUUAUAAUGGCGGACGUAAUGGACCCCCAAGGCGUACACGAUUUAGAUCGUCAUGUUUUGGCGUCUUAUCUUGCAAAGAUCCUAAGCAAGUCAAGUUCUCAGCAAAUGGACAUCAAAAUGUUCAAAGCUGGCCAGUCCAAUCCAACAUACUAUGUGAAAUAUGGUAAAACUGAAAUGGUAUUACGUAAGAAACCGCCAGGGAAACUUUUACGUGGGGCUCACCAGAUUGAUCGUGAAUACAAAGUGAUGAAUGCACUUUACAAAGUUGGCUUUCCUGUCCCUAGAAUGCUCUCCUACUGUAAGGACCAGUCACUUCUUGGAACAGAAUUCUUUGUAAUGGAGUUCCUACCCGGUCGAGUUGUGUCACAAACAAUGAAAGGAAUGAAAUCAUCUGAAAAAAGGUCUUGUGUAUUAAGUGCAACAGAGACACUGGCAAAGUUGCAUUCUUAUAAGCCAUCGAAUAUUGGUUUAGAUGGAUAUGGAAAAACCUCUGGAUUCUGCAGCAGAGUGUUGAAUACAUGGUCGAAGCAAUACAUGGCAGCUGCACAUAAAGAAAUCCCUGAAAUGAAAGAACUAAUAUCAUGGCUUGGUCAUCAGUUACCACAUAUCAAAGAUGAGAGCAGCGUAAUACAUGGGGAUUAUUCAUUGAAUAAUGUCAUGUUUCACCCUACUGAGGGAAAGGUAUUAGCUGUGUUGGAUUGGGAGUUGUCUACCAUAGGCCAUCCGUAUGCAGACUUUGCCUACCUCUGCAUGAUGUAUCAUGUACCACAGGAGUUUUUUCUAUUACGAGAUGCAAGUCAGAGUGAUAUAGAGCAGUUAUUUAAGGAUAUUCCCACAGAAGAAGAAUUGGUGAAAUAUUAUUGUAAACUGCGAAGUAUCUCAUACCCAAUACCAAACUGGAAUUUCCAUCUUGCUCUCAAUUUCUUUAAACUUGCUUCCAUUGUACAGGGAGUAUACAGUCGGUACUUAAAGGGCAAUGCCAGUUCUCCAUAUGCCCCAAUAUACGAAGCAUUAAUUCUUCCGCUUAUACAAACGGCACUUAAGUUAUCAAAAACCGAACCAGGCCAGAACUUGGACAUGACUCUCUCACCUUCGCCCAAAGGGAAAGAAGUUCUCGAGAAAGUGAAAAGGUUUCUAAAAGAAAAUUGUGAAGCAAAUGAAAAGGUGUAUCAUGAUUAUGUAAUGUCACAGAAAGACCCGUUUUGUGUUGUUCCAAUUCUGGAAGAAAUUAAGAUAAAAGCAAAACAACAAGGGUUGUGGAACCUGUUCUUACCGGAUGUAAGCGGUUUAAGCAAUGUUGAUUAUGCUCACAUAGCUGAACAGUUAGGCAAGUCACACAUGAACUCGGAGGCAUUAAACUGCAGUGCACCAGACACUGGCAACAUGGAAGUGUUGCACAUGUAUGGCAGUGACUACCAGAAGCAGAAAUGGUUACAACCUCUUCUUGAUGGCAAAAUUCGAUCUGCCUUCUGUAUGACUGAACCACAAGUGGCUUCCAGUGAUGCCACAAACAUGGAAACCACAAUCACCAGGGAUGGAAACUCUUAUGUUGUAAAUGGAAGAAAAUGGUGGAGCACUGGUGCUGCAAAUGCGAGAUGUACUUUUGGAAUAGUGAUGGGAAGGACUGGUGGUUUGAACACACACAAACAUAAAAGUCACAGCAUGAUUGUCGUACCCUUUGAUACACCAGGUGUCACUAGAGUGAGGAACUUAACAGUGUUUGGCUAUGAUGAAGCGCCAUCUGGUCACAGUGAAAUGUUGUUUGAAAAUGUUCGCGUGCCUUUGGAGAACCUUAUACUUGGGGAGGGACGAGGAUUUGAGAUCGCACAGGGAAGGCUUGGUCCUGGUAGGAUCCAUCACUGCAUGAGGUCUAUUGGUCUGGCAGAAAGAUGCUUAUCACUUUUGGUAGAGCGUGGCAUGCAGAGAAGGCCUUUUGGAAAACGCAUUGUGGAACAUGAAGUGGUUCAACAUAAGAUUGCACAAUGCAGAAUUGCUAUUGAUCAGUGCCGACUGCUAACACUACAUGCAGCUCAUAUGAUGGAUCAGUUUGGAAGCAAGAGAGCUCGCAAGGAGAUUGCAAUGAUAAAAGUUGCAGCUCCAAAGAUGCUUUGCCAAGUUAUAGAUGAAGCUAUACAGGUGUAUGGAGGUGCUGGAGUGUCUGAUGAUUUCCCACUUGCAAAAUGCUAUGCAAUGGCAAGGACACUGAGAAUUGCAGAUGGUCCAGAUGAAGUUCACCUCAGCAGUAUUGGGAAGCUGGAAAUCAGGGACCAGAUCAUGAAGUCUAAAUUAUAAUUUAUCCUUUCCUAUUCUGCUCCUACAUCUCUGCACUUUCCUUCUCUUUAAUUGUUAAUGAUGGAGAAGUUAGGGCAAUAAUUACUAAUUCAGUUCCAAUUUCAGUAGACUUUACUUUUCCUAUGCAAAUAUCUAUCUUUGCGAAUAUUUCAAAAUAAAUAAUCAUAUACGAUAACACCAAG